AUGAGUUUUUUGGUUGUAAGGUUGUUUUUUGGCGUUUGCUUAGCCAAAUCACUCAAACUUUCAGUCAGGACAGGGACUGUGGCCACAGCUGACCACAAACUGGACACGGUCAUGAGACCGGCGGCCGGGGCGGGCGGGUGCCCCGGGCAGAAUGCUGAGAGCGCGGUGCCGUCCGCACGGGCGGAGAAGCCUCCCCUGGAGCAGCUGUACCGGGAGGGCCCGCUGCUGGGGAGCGGCGGCUUCGGCAGCGUUUACGCCGGGACCCGGCUCGCCGACGGCGUCCCGGUGGCCAUCAAGCGAGUGUCCCGGGACCGCGUCUUGGAAUGGGCGCGGCUGCACGACGGCGCCCUUGUGCCCCUGGAGCUGGUGCUGCUCUGGAUGGCGUCGUGGCCCGGCUUCCGCGGCAUCGUGCGGCUCCUGGACUGGUUCGAGCUGCCCGACGGCUUCGCGCUGGUCAUGGAGCGUCCGGAGCGCUGUCAGGACCUCUGGCACCUGCUGCACGCGGGGGGGUUCCUGCCAGAGCCCGUGGCGCGGGCGCUGUUCCGGCAGGUGCUGGGGGCCGUGCGGCACUGCACCAGCCGCGGCGUCCUGCACCGCGACAUCAAGGCCGAGAACGUGCUCGUUGACCUGGCCACCGGCGAGGCGAAGCUCAUCGACUUCGGCUGCGGCACGAUCCUGCAGGACACGUUCUACACCCAGAUGGCCGGAACGCGGGAGUACUACCCACCGGAGUGGAUCCUCUUUGGCCGCUACCAUGGCCAGCCAGCCACCAUCUGGUCCCUGGGCAUCCUGCUCUAUCAGCUGGUGUGCAGGCACCUUCCUUUCAAAAGCAGCGAGGACAUCGUCCGGGGACAGCUCUUCUUCCCGCCCCGGGUGUCUCAAGAGUGCCAGCACCUGAUCAGGUGGUGCUUAUCCAUGGACCCUGCAGACAGGCCAUCCUUGGAUGACCUUUUAGAACAUUCU